GAGGCAUCAAUUCGUCGAAUCAAUUCCAAUCUUGAAUAUUCAAUUCAACCCCAAUUCAGUUUCUCCCUUGGUAAUCUCGACGUUGGAUCUUUGGGCGGAUUUGUUUGGUUUUCUUUUUUUCUUCUUCUUCCUUUUCCUUUCUAAUUGUGUAUCUCGUCGCCAACAAGUUUCCAAAAGUUUAACUAGUUGUAACAAUAUCUUUUUUUUCCAUACUUAUUGCUCCCCUCCUAAAUACCCUUAAUCGGUCUAGGUCUGGCGCUUCUUGUCGCAGAUUACCAAGUCUGCCCUAUUUUGCUUUGCUAAUCCUUCCUAUGAUCCAUUUAAUACCCCGAUACUUGUUACAGCAUUCCACUGCGCACGACUUAGCCUGUCCUCCUGCGGCAGACAGCGAAUCAGGCUCGUCCCUGAUAUUCCCCGAUUUGCGUUUGACCGGAGGACAAUAAGGGGAACACAUACUAUCCAUAAUGCGCCGAAAGCCAGUUCCUAAUCCGUUGUCCCUAGCUGGCGAUUUGGACUCUUUGGAUCAGCGCUCCGCUUCCAGCAACAGCAACAGCAACAGCAAUAGUAACAGCGCCAGCGUCAGCGCUCCUACAUCCUCAGGCCCCAAUGCCUUAGGACCUGAUAGACCGAGCCCGCAUCCUACACCAAGAAGCGAAUCUACCCUACAAGUUGCCUCAUCAGCGCCUUCUAGGUCACCCAAAUCGCCUCGUUCUCCUGUUAGCAAGUUUAACACAACGGUUAGCAAACCACACACACAACAGUAUCAGGAUUACCCUGCCGAUCCAACCCUGCCGCUGCAAUCACCCGAGAACGUACAUAUUGCUCAGCAUCGACGACGCCAAUCUCCUCAGCGCAGCGAGCCAGAUCUCCCGCCCUUAACUCCUCUUCCGUCCUCCAACACUACCUCUACUGUCGCGGACACAUGCCCUCGUCCCGAGAACGAGAAACAUUUGAGAAGCGGCAGCCGCUUCUUCGGCUUUGGCAAGUCGUCUAAAUCCAAUAAUCAGCUCCACCAUACCCACACGGACAGCACAGGCAUAGGUGAGGCUAUGUCCCGUGGCACGGAGAACACCGCCAUGCCGGAUAGAGUAUCCAGUAAAAAUUCCAAAAAUUCAGACCUAUCAUCCGCCGAUCCCUCGAACCACAAAACAACCCCUUCCUUACCAUCCAGAUCUGAUGUUUCAUUGGCAUCCACUAGUGAACAAGAAACAAACUCAAUGAAAAAGAACAAACCCAAGCCUUUCACACUGCUGGGUCGUAAUAAGUCGCUUAAAGAUAAUGAUGGUCCUAGCCAAAAGGAGGCGAUCACAAUCACAUUGCAUGAGGCUGAGCGAGACCCAUCCCCGGUAGGACUGCAGCCUUUAAAGACAGCCCCGAUGAACCCCGACGGCCACGAGAGGUCUUUUAGACAUAUGAUGAACUCGACUAUACGGAAUCAUUCCGCCGACCGCGCACUUCCUCGAGACACCCCAGGGAACAAAGAAAACCGACACGAUAAAGACCAUUAUAGAGGCCACCCUCCUUCUUUUAAGGAUACCAACAGCAACGGUUUGGCAUUUUUCAACGGCCUAAAGAAUUCUGGCAGCCGAGCAGCAGAUAUGAUUAGCAAAGGAUUAUUCGGGAGAAGUGGCCGUAGUGCCAGCACAUCAGAUAAGGACUCAGGGGUAGACGACGAGCAUUACGUUCCAAAGGUAAUCAAUUUACCAUUAGUCGAGCAGACGAGGUUAACGAGGAUAUCCAAACGACUUGAAGAUUCUCGGGACAAGACUGAGUUUUGGAUGCCCGCUUUCCCCUGGCGGGCAAUUGAUUACCUCAACCUCAAAGGAACCGAAGUCGAAGGUCUCUACCGUGUGCCUGGGAGUGGGCCUCAGGUCAAGAAAUGGCAAAGGAAAUUUGACGAAGAAUAUGAUGUCGACCUAUUCGCACAGGACGAUCUUUACGAUAUCAAUAUAAUUGGCUCAAUGUUCAAGGCCUGGCUCCGCGAACUUCCCGACGAACUAUUUCCGAAAGAAGCCCAGGAGCGAAUUGCCCGAGAGUGCGCUGGCGCCGAGGAAGUGCCUCAGUUGUUGAUUGACGAGCUCUCCAAUUUGUCGCCAUUUAAAUAUUACCUCCUUUUCGCUAUCACAUGCCAUCUUAGUUUGCUCCUCGCGCAUUCCGACAAGAACAAGAUGGAUUUCCGUAAUCUCUGCAUAUGUUUCCAACCGUGCAUGAAGAUCGACGCCUUCUGUUUCAAGUUCCUUGUCUGUGAUUGGAGAUUAUGUUGGCAGGGGUGUAAGAACGAGGCAAGGUAUAUCGAGGAAGAAUAUCAGUUAUUCCAACAGCCAUUACCUCGUGGAUUGAACCCACCUGAGUCUCGGGGCCGGAGUUCACCUGAUACUCGCGAUGACCGAAAUCUCUCUUCGUCUGACGGCAACAGAUUACCAGCUCCCUCGGCCGAACAGCAUGGCGGAAAAAUAAGAAAGAAGCCGGGACCGAUGAGCCAGUCGAAUGGAGGAAUAAAACCUAACUACUCAACAUCGAAUUCCUUGACCGUCAACGGCGAAUAUGAUACGCCUGUAACACGAUCUGGGGAACGAGAACUAAGACCGCUAUCACCUAUCAAACCUCUUUCUCCAAUGAAUUUCUGAUAAUUAAGAGGCGAUAUAAGGUCAUGGUAUACUGAACUGGAGAGUGUGGAUGAGUUUGACCCUGAUCUGACGAUAGCUUUUUUUGCCUUGAUAAUACCCCAGGACGUGAAUGUGGUUGGCAUUUGGCUUGGCGGUCCACUUUGACGAUAUUACGCUCCGUUUACGAUUUCCAACUUUUCUUCACAUCUUAGCGUUUUACGAUUAUCUUGAGCCCAUCAGGCCUUUACGAAUUAGCAGCACAGCGUCGUCUUCCGAUUCUCAACGAUAGCAUCCUUGGGUUCUUUAACUAAUCGAGAAGGCCUUCUACCUACACUGCUACAUGAGCAAUACAACUUCUCUUAUUGCCCAGGUUCCCCACGUCGAUCUACCCGGCACAUUAUGUCACAGCAAAUUAAGCUGGUGGUGGAUAUUGGAUCUUGGAUGAUGG